CGACGGAAAGCAGUUGUUAACCAGUUGUUAGCGCUGCGGCAUGAGCCGAUCGGAAGAUCCAAUGUUAGUUAAGCUUUUCCCGAAUGGAGGGGGGAUGAAGGUGGUGGUCAUACAUCGGACGAAGUACCGCGGAGUGAUGUGCCUGCUGCUGGGAAUUGUCCUGUUGAGCGCGGUAGAGUUGAGUAUACGAUUUCCCGCCAAAAUCCCCGUGACGGGCAAGGAAGGUGGAGGACUGUCGAGAGUGGUGUUGAGUUUGAAGGGAGCAGCGAGUUAUCCAAGUGGAAUCGGCAACGAAGAGGAGAGGGGGGGGGGCGGGGGCAUGAGCGGAGAACAGGCGGAGGAAGUGGGAGAGGGGGCUGAUGGACCGGCUAAUCGUCAGCAGCCACGUGGAUCGAGUGGAUCCAGGCUGUCGCAAAGGACGAUCUCACACACAGGAGGAGGAGGAGGAGGGGAAGGUGGUGAGGGAGGUGGCCAAGAGGUUCGCACUGGAGGCAAGGAGGUUCGGCAAGAGGCUGAGCUACUGCCUCCUUCUCCGGGCGCAGAAGGCUGCCAAGAGGCGAAAAUGAGAGACGGUUGGGAUGAGGAUCGAAAAGAGGUGUGGGACCAUAGCCGAAGUCUGCCUCCGGCGAUGGCUCUUGAUGUCCGCGGCGGAGGUGGGAGGAGCAAGAGGGACGUAGAAGGCGGUGAUUCCGUCGCUGCUCAGGUGGAGGUAGCAGGAGAAGGUGUGAAGGGCCUCAAUCAGGACGAGAAAGCCGGGAAGGGGGAAGCAAAUGAAGUAAGGGAUGAUCAGCAUCCAUUGCAGAUUCCGCAGAACGCCAGCAGUGCAUCCGCUUCUGAUCCAAUUCUUGCUGACGUCAUUGAAUGGAGGAGGCCGGCUCAUCAGCGAAGCACUGCUCACGGCGGAACAAAAAGUUUCGCUUCAGUUUCCUCUGCGCCGCCGCGAGAUCAGCAGCAUCCGGGCCAGAUCUCUGGGAUGGGAGGCCCAGAAGGAGCCCUACCUCCUGUUCCUAUUUCCGGACCGACAGAGAGGAGACCCGCCGCUGCCGAUGACCGUCACCCGGGGAUAGGCGUGGCGGAUGCUCACGCGGAAGGGGGUACUGUUUCUAGCGGGGUAGGCGAUGCUCUCAACGACGUCUCUGUUUCCAAAGGAACUGAGCGGAGUCUGGACCUGCUCCGCACUCCUGUUGCGAGCGGAACAGAUGCUGCUCACUCUCCUAUGGCGAGUGGAACAGAUCCUGGUCCUGCUGUACCGGGCUCACUUCAGCAGCAGCAGGAGGAGGAGGAGGGGAACAAGGUCCCAAGGACGAAGAACCUUGAGCCUGCUCUACCAGGUUCACAUCAGCAGCAGCAGGAGGAGGAGGAGGGGGAGGAGGAGGGGAAGAAGAAGAUCCCAAGGACGAAGAACUUUGAGUGUACUACUGGUGAUGAAAUGCCGCCUUAUCUCGAACGCAUCGCCGUUGAUAAGCUGGUAAUCAUAUGCACGGUGAAUGCUGGCUAUCGAGCGUUGUUCCUAAACUGGCUGGUGUCUGUGCGCAACGUGGGCCUAGCGGGCCGAGUGUUGGUCUUCGCCGACGACGUCGACUCGUGGCGGUAUGUGGAGGAACACUGGCCCGGACAUGUCGUGCUUCUGUGCGAUCCCGAUGUAGAAAAGAGCGGACGAAAAGUCAUCCAGGUGGAGAAUGAGGCGGAGCCCGCUUUCUGGUUCCGCAAGAAAGACUAUGGCAAACUGGUGGGCAGACGGCCGUUGCAGAUUCUCGCGUGCUUGCGUCACGGCUAUUCUGUGCUGUACAGCGAUAUCGAUAUGGUGUUCAUGAAGAACCCUCUUCCAUAUCUCAUGGAGAACUUCACAACCGUCGAAAGACGAGCAGUAGCAGGAGGAGGAGGAGGAGGAGGAGGAGUUGAAUUAGGAGUAGGGGGAGGAGGAGGAGGAGGGGGAGGAGGAGAAAGGAGGGGUCUAGAUGGGGCUGGAACGUGGGAUGCGGGUGUCAAUUUGCAUUAUUUCAAUGGAAGAGAGGAGUUUCCGAAACGUCCAGACUUUCUGAACGUGUGCUCUUGUCUUCUGUAUUUUCGACCGACGGAAGUAGCGCAGAAGAUUCUUCGGCGAUGGAUCGAUCGGUUCCAGGAGUCCGACCAUUCCGUCAAUCAGCCUCCAUUCAACCAAGCCCUGGAUGAUGUGCGAGGAGAAACAGAGAUUAAGUUCAGAAUACUCCCUGGCAAGUUGUUCCCUGGAGGAUAUACCCUACGACAUCCGGAGGACAAGGCGAAAUGGUUAGCUGUAGGAGGAGGGGAUCCCGUGACCUAUCACGUGAACUUCUUUUUCGGAUUACAAGAAAAAAUUAGAGGAUUCAAGAAUUACAGCCUUUGGCUGCUCAACGAUACUGCCGACGGUACGCCCGUACUUACUUGGCCUCUGUAGAGACCAGGAGAGUAAAAUUGUGCGCUUCCAAUUACGUCCGUCUUCGAUGCAUGGAUGCAUGGAUGUAUGCAUGGAUGGAUGGAUGAAUCCAACGUGCAUGGAUAAAUGGACGAAUCCAACUGUUGCCGAUGUCGGAUAGGUGCUUGGGUCUACUUAAUAUGUGCUUCAUCGCUACCGUAGUGCUCCUCCCCUUCUCCAUCGCCUCUCCUCGCGCCUUGUGGCUUUUUUAUUUUUAUAUCCCAGUGUUGGGUAGCUGUCAGGGCAUAGGUCGUGUGAUGGCCAUUUGUGGCGCUGGACUUGUCCCCACGCCUGACCUAAGUUGGGUAAUGGUCCCAGUAUUUGUUUCGGGGUUGUUUGUGGAGGGAUUCGUGGCCUCCUUUUCAAUAAUGAAAGUUAUUUUGUUUU